CGCGCUGGCUGAGGCUGCUGUUGGGGGGCGGGGAAUAUCAGCUAAGGCGACCGUGGCGGCUUAGGCACCAGCGACGGGUUGUGACGGCGGCUCCUGGUGCGGCUCGGCGCGUGGCCAGCUCUCAAGUUCGGAACGGAACGCUCGGUGUCACGGUCCCUGCGCGGAAACUUUGCUGCGGAGCCGCGACCUCCUGGCCCGAGCGGCCGGGCAUGAAGCGGCGCUGAGGAGCUGCCGUCGCCGCUGCCGCCGCCUCCGUCGCCGCCGCCGCCAGAGGAGGAUCCGCAGCACCCUGGGCCACGCCGAUGACUACUGCAAACUGUGGCGCCCACGACGAGCUCGACUUCAAACUCGUCUUUGGCGAGGACGGGGCGCCGGCGCCGCCGUCCUCGGGCUCGCGGCCUGCAGAUCUUGAGCCAGAUGAUUGUGCAUCCAUUUACAUCUUUAAUGUAGAUCCACCUCCAUCUACUUUAAACUCACCACUUUGCUUACCACAUCAUGGAUUACCGUCUCACUCUUCUGUUUUGUCACCAUCGUUUCAGCUCCAAGGUCACAAAAACUAUGAAGGAACUUGUGAGAUUCCUGAAUCUAAAUACAGCCCUUUAAGUGGUCCCAAACCCUUUGAGUGUCCAAGUAUUCAAAUUACAUCCAUCUCUCCUAACUGUCAUCAAGAAAUAGAUACUCAUGAAGAUGACCUACACAUAAAUGAUCCAGAAAGGGAAUAUUUGGAAAGGCCUUCUAGAGAUCAUCUCUAUCUUCCUCUUGAGCCAUCCUACCGGGAGUCUUCCCUUAGUCCUAGUCCUGCCAGCAGCAUCUCUUCUAGGAGCUGGUUCUCAGAUGCAUCUUCUUGCGAAUCUCUUUCACACAUUUAUGAUGAUGUGGAUUCGGAAUUGAAUGAAGCUGCCGCCCGAUUUACUCUUGGAUCCCCUCUGACUUCUCCUGGUGGCUCACCAGGAGGUUGCCCUGGAGAAGAGUCCUGGCAUCAACAAUAUGGACUUGGACACUCCUUGUCACCCAGGCAAUCUCCUUGCCACUCUCCUAGAUCUAGUGUUACUGAUGAGAAUUGGCUGAGCCCCAGGCCAGCCUCAGGACCCUCAUCAAGGCCUACUUCCCCCUGUGGGAAGCGACGGCACUCCAGUGCUGAGGUUUGUUAUGCUGGGUCCCUUUCACCCCAUCAUUCACCUGUUCCUUCUCCUGGUCACUCCCCCAGGGGAAGUGUAACAGAAGAUACCUGGCUUAAUGCUUCUGUCCAGGGUGGAUCAGGCCUUGGCCCUGCACUUUUUCCAUUUCAGUACUGUAUAGAGACUGAUAUCCCUCUGAAAACAAGGAAGACUUCUGAAGAUCAAGCUACCAUACUACCAGGAAAAUUAGAGCUCUGUUCAGAUGACCAAGGGAGUUUAUCACCAUCCCGGGAGACUUCAGUAGAUGAUGGCCUUGGAUCUCAGUAUCCUUUAAAGAAAGAUUCAUCUGGUGACCAAUUUCUUUCAGUUCCUUCACCUUUUACCUGGAGCAAACCAAAGCCUGGCCACACCCCAAUAUUUCGCACAUCUUCAUUACCUCCACUAGACUGGCCUUUACCAACUCAUUUUGGACAAUGUGAACUGAAAAUAGAAGUGCAACCUAAAACUCAUCAUCGAGCCCAUUAUGAAACUGAAGGUAGCCGAGGAGCAGUAAAAGCAUCUACUGGGGGACAUCCUGUUGUCAAGCUCCUGGGCUAUAAUGAAAAGCCGAUAAAUCUACAGAUGUUUAUUGGAACAGCAGAUGAUCGAUAUUUACGACCUCAUGCAUUUUACCAGGUGCAUCGAAUCACUGGGAAGACUGUUGCUACUGCAAGUCAAGAGAUAAUAAUUGCCAGCACAAAGGUUCUGGAAAUUCCCCUUCUUCCUGAAAACAAUAUGUCAGCCAGUAUUGACUGUGCAGGUAUUUUGAAACUCCGCAAUUCAGAUAUAGAACUUCGAAAAGGAGAAACUGAUAUUGGCAGAAAGAAUACUAGAGUACGACUUGUAUUCCGUGUGCACAUCCCACAGCCCAAUGGAAAAGUCCUUUCUCUUCAGACAGCUUCCAUACCUGUUGAGUGCUCUCAGCGGUCUGCUCAAGAACUUCCUCAUAUUGAGAAGUAUAGUAUCAACAGUUGUUCUGUAAAUGGAGGUCAUGAAAUGAUUGUGACUGGAUCUAAUUUUCUUCCAGAAUCCAAAAUCAUUUUUCUUGAGAAAGGACAAGAUGGACGGCCUCAGUGGGAGGUAGAAGGGAAAAUAAUCCGGGAAAAAUGUCAAGGGGCUCACAUUGUCCUUGAAGUUCCUCCAUAUCAUAACCCAGCAGUUACAGCUGCAGUGCAGGUGCACUUUUAUCUUUGCAAUGGCAAGAGGAAAAAAAGCCAGUCUCAACGUUUUACUUAUACACCAGUUUUGAUGAAGCAAGAACACAAAGAAGAGGUUGACUUGUCUUCAGUUCCGUCAUUGUCUGUGCCUCAUCCUGCCCAGACCCAGAGGCCUUCUUCAGACACAGGACACCCACAUAACAGUGUACUGUCAACACAGAGAAGCUUGGUUUGUCCCAUCCAGCAAACAUAUGCAUCCAUGGUAACUUCAUCUCAUCUGCCACAGUUGCAGUGUAGGGAUGAAAGCGCUGGUAAAGAGCAGCAUAUGUUACCUUCUUCAGUCAUGCACCAGCCUUUUCAAGUCACACCAACACCUCCUGUGGGGUCUUCCUAUCAGCCUAUGCAAACUAAUGUUGUGUACAACGGACCAACUUGUCUUCCAGUUAAUGCUGCCUCUAGUCAAGAAUUUGAUCCGGUUUUGUUUCCACAGGAUGCAGCUCUUCCUACUUUAAUAAAUCUUGGCUGUCAACCAUCGUCAUCCAUACCUUUUCAUUCUUCAAAUUCAGGCCCAACAGGACAUCUCUUAGCCCACACACCUCAUUCGGUACAGACCCUGCCUCAUCUGCAGUCAAUGGGAUACCAUUGUUCAACCACAGGACAGAGAUCUCUUUCUUCUCCAGGGGCUGACCAGGUCGCAGGCCAGCCUCCCCCUCAGUUACAGCCCAUUACAUAUGGUCCUUCACAUUCAGGGUCUGGUACAGCAGCUUCCCCAGUAGCCUCUCAUCCCCUGGCUAGUUCACCACUUUCUGGGCCACCAUCUCCUCAGCUACAGCCUAUGCCUUACCAAUCUCCUAGCUCAGGAACUGCCUCAUCGCCAUCUCUAGCCACCAGAAUGCAUUCUGGACAGCACUCAACUCAAGCACAAAGUACAGGCCAGGGAGGUCUUUCUGCACCUUCAUCCUUAAUAUGUCACAAUUUGUGUGAUCCAGCUUCAUUUCCACCUGAUGAGGCAACUGUGAACAUUAAGCCUGAACCUGAAGAGCAGGAACCUAACUUUUCAACAAUUGGUCUACAAGACAUCACUUUAGAUGAUGUAGUGAUGUUGUCUUCUUUGACACAGACCAGUUUAUGUCUGACUUGGAACACCAGCCAUCAGGUUCAGCAGAGAAAUGGCCUAACCACAGUGAGCUCUCAUGUCCAGCUCCUUUCUGGAGAAUCUAGAGGUGAACGAGAUAAUUGGGAGAGACAUGUCCCAGAUUUCUGUUUCCCAAGGAACAGGGGCGAGCAGGCAGGCUCCCCUCCCUGGUCCCGAUUCCCUGGAUUUGGGAAGAUCCGAUGGGCUCUGACAGUGCUCCCUGCAGCCAUGUGUCUACCACCAUGUACUUCUCAGCAUGUUUCUCUCCUUGGACCCUGGGUUUCCAACUCUGUGGCCUUCAGGACUGGCGCCAGGAGUUGGGAUCACUAUAUGUGGGGAAAUCAGCAUUCCUCCACCUCAGGCCUUGGGUAGAUUGUGAAAGAACAAGAGCAGCAUAGACUGAGCUUUGGGGAAAUGAGCUUUGCUUUUUAUAUUUAAAUAGGAUACUUUUAUAUGAUGGGUGCUUUUGAGUGUGAAUGCAGCAGGCUCUCGCAUUUCAGAGGUGCUGCUUUUGCAAGUGACCUGGUUGCUUAGCUAUGAUUGGUGAUUUGUACUCCUUUAUGGUCAUUUGAAGGACUCUUUAGCUUUGAUGAUUAUUUUUAAAGUAGGAACUUUUGAUAAAACCUUCCAGAGGCAAACAUAAUAGAAAAAAAAAAAAAAAAAUUCUCCCAAGCCCACACCUAUGCCUCAGAAACAGCAUGUCCUAAAGCCUUUCAUAGAUUUAUAGGAAAUAAAGCCAAAUGUAGCUCAUACCUCUUUAUAAAAGUAAACUGUUAAAGUAAGAGGAGACCAUUCCAAUCAUUGAAGUGUUGGAAUAUUAAAUGACAUUCCAGAGCAUAGCCUUUUGUAACUUUCUAGGUGAUCUUUCUGCAAUCUCUCCAUACUGACUCCAUGUUGAAAUUGCUUUUUUGCCUCAGGGCCUUGGAUAAGAUAGCUACACGUAAGGUGACUUUGAAAGGUGGGUUGUUUUAGCUUCGUAGCGUUAAUAUCUUGCCAUCCUGCAAACAAGUAGGCUGUGGACUGCUUUUCCCUUUUGUGCCCUCUGGUCCAGACCUUUUCCACAUGGGAGUAUCCUCAUUUGGCUGCUCUGUAACCUUUGAAGCCACAGUCUCAUGAUGGUUUAGGCAAAUUUGCUGGUUCUAACUAAUUUCUAGAGGCCAUGCUGUGUCAUAAGCUAAGCAUAAAUGAGCUAUGCUUUAGAACAGUAGAGAAAAUGCAGGACUCCAGAUGGGAAGCUUUUUAAGAUUCACAGUGGCAUGGAAAGCUUAUCCCUCAUUCUGUUUACAGUCUAAAAUGAUUCUGGCCUACCGUGUCCCGUCUAUGUGGCCUAAAACCAGCCUUUUCCCCCAAAGGCUUUGGGGCAAACCCAAACAUGCAGUAGCAUCAUAGACCUGACCCUCCACACCAAAGAUACCCUGGUGCUGCUGCUGGUGAGGCUGGUGCCCAAGGCCGGGGCCAGCAAGAAACUCCAGCCUGCUGUCUACCAAAGGAGGUGCCCCAGUUGGGUACUUUUUCCAAACCCCCCUUUAUCCCUCCCUUUAAUGGGAUUAGGUACCUGUUCUAAGGCCGGGCCCAUUUCAAAGCCCCUGAAGCUUGCAGUAUGUUUUCAAACGAACUCAUGUAAUUUCAUUUAUUCAGGAAGCAAAUUUUUUGAGUGCCUAUUAUGUGUGACAGUGUGCUGAGCUGGUCAAAGGGCUUGAUGUUGUUACUCUUGGGGAUUAGGAGUUCUGGAUGCCAGGACUCUCUAUUGAAGCCAAGUGGGGCCUAGGCAGAGGGAGCCAGUUCAUUGCCCACCACCUCUAGUCAGCCGGGUAGGAGCUGUUGACCUCCUACAGGAUGAAGUAUGGGUUGUUUUUUUUUUUUUCUUUUUCUUUAAACCAUGAUGAUUUAUAUUUUUUCCUUAAAACUAGUUAGAGAAAAAAUGUCUGUCCUUCAGCAAAUCACUCUGGUCCCUCCUGGAGCUGGGUGUUUUUAGAUUUUCUUUUUAAAGUAAGUUUUAUGUCAGAGUGUGGAUAAUGAGAUUUGCUUCAGGGCCUGUAGUUGGAAGCCCACAGCUUCCUUUGGUUUGGAGGGGUUGUGGGAGGCGGUCCCUGACUCGAAGUUUCAGACAGCUGGUCAGACUUGCCUCCUCCCUCUUGCCCCUGGGGUAGCUGCCUCACAGGAGGUUCUUGUAAGAGUUCCCCUUACAAGACCCUUUGGGGGUUGCUCUGCUGCCCUCAAGAAUAAAAGCCUCUAUGAUCCAGAGUUGCUAUGCACCAAAUUUUGAUGCCUUUUAAAUACCUUGAUGCCUGUAGCACUAGAAAUGCUUUCCUAUUUAAAAUAAAAGUUAAAUUUUAAAAUAGAGCUUUAUAUACUA